AUGGAACCUGGAGAGCCCCGGGAGCCCCAGGAGCCCCGCGAGCCUGGGCCAGGAGCGGAGACCGCUGCGGCCCAGGUCUGGGAGGAAGCCAAGAUUUUCUACGACAACCUCGCGCCCAAGAAGAAACCCAAAUCGCCCAAGCCUCAGAAUGCAGUCACCAUCGCUGUGUCCUCCCGAGCCUUGUUUCGCAUGGACGAGGAGCAGCGGAUCUACACGGAGCAGGGCGUGGAGGAGUACGUGCGCUACCAGCUGGAACAUGAGAACGAGCCCUUCAGUCCCGGCCCUGCCUUCCCCUUCGUGAAGGCUCUGGAGGCUGUGAACAGGCGGCUGCGGGAGCUGUACCCCGAUAGCGAGGACGUCUUCGACAUUGUCCUCAUGACCAACAACCAUGCUCAAGUGGGUGUCCGCCUCAUCAACAGUAUCAACCACUAUGACCUGUUCAUCGAGAGGUUCUGCAUGACAGGCGGGAACAGCCCCAUCUGCUAUCUCAAGGCCUAUCACACCAACCUCUACUUGUCAGCCGAUGCGGAAAAAGUGCGAGAAGCCAUUGAUGAAGGGAUCGCAGCUGCCACCAUCUUCAGCCCCAGCAAGGACGUGGUUGUGUCCCAGAGUCAGCUGCGCGUGGCCUUCGACGGGGACGCUGUGCUCUUCUCGGAUGAGUCGGAGCGCAUCGUCAAGGCCCACGGGCUGGACCGAUUCUUCGAGCAUGAGAAGGCCCACGAGAACAAACCUCUGGCUCAGGGCCCCUUAAAGGGCUUUCUGGAGGCACUGGGUAGGCUGCAGAAGAAGUUCUACUCCAAAGGCCUACGGCUGGAGUGCCCAAUUCGUACCUACUUGGUGACAGCACGCAGUGCAGCCAGUUCUGGGGCCCGGGCUCUCAAGACCCUGCGCAGCUGGGGCCUGGAGACAGAUGAAGCCCUGUUCCUCGCUGGAGCGCCCAAGGGCCCCCUCCUAGAGAAGAUCCGCCCACACAUCUUCUUCGAUGACCAGAUGUUCCAUGUGGCUGGCGCUCAGGAGAUGGGCACCGUGGCCGCCCAUGUGCCUUAUGGCGUGGCACAGACACCCCGACGGACUGCACCUGCAAAGCAGGCCCCAUCUGCACAGUAG